AUGGAGAAAAACCCCCCACCAGAGGGUGUCGAGUUGCUGCCAGUGAAAUCAGACGAAAGCCAAAUCGCACCAAGCCAUUACGACCCCUACCGGCACCGGGAUGUGGCAAAUCCAACGUCCACGUUGGGCACGUUCGUGCACGUCAUGAAGUCGGCCCUUGGCAUUGGCAUCCUGUCCGUACCGUACGCGUUCAAGCACGGUGGUCUCGUAUUCGGCGUUCUCGGGUCGUUCUUCUUCGCGAUGCUCUGCUCACACAGCGCACACAUUUUGGUCAACACAUCGUACAAGAUCUGCAAGAAGGAACGCAUCCCGGUGCUCGGGUUCGCUGAGACGGUGGAGAAAGCAUGUGCCAGUGGACCGGCCAGUGUCCGCGCGCUUGGAACCGCGUUACGGAACAUCAUCGAUUGGUACCUGAUGCUGACGACGGUCGUCGUUUUCAUCGUGUUCGUCGGGACGACACUUCGCGAGGUGGUCAACUACCGCACCGGGUGGGAUUGGAGCGAGCGGUCGUACAUCCUGCUCGUUGGCGUGCCGGUCCUGUUCAUCACGCAGAUACGCGAGAUCAAGUAUCUGGUGCCGUUUUCGGCCAUCGCCGGGUUGCUCAUCCUCGCGAACAUCGUCAUCUCGCUGAUCUUCAUCUUUCAGGAGCCGCUCGUGCUGGAAAACCGGCGCCUUUUCCCGACCGCCACGACCGUUGCACCGUACAUGGGCAUCGUGUACUUCGCACUGGACGCGACGUGCCUCAUAUUCCCGCUCGAAAAUCAGAUGCGCCACCCGCAGCAUUACCUCGGGUGUCCUGGCAUCGUCAACCUAAACUACGUGUGUCUGGCCGUGCUGUACAGCUUCUUCGGUGCUGUGGGCUACAUCCGGUACGGUGAUGAUGUCGCCAGUUCCAUCAUACUCAACUUCCCCGCGGAAAACGUACUGGUCUCGUGCAUCCAAGUGCUAUCCGCCGUAGCGGUGCUGUUCUCCAUUGGGUUGAUUUUUUACGUUCCCACCGAAAUCGCGUGGAAGAAGCUGCAGCCCCGGGUGCCGAAAGGCCGUACCGGGCUCGCCCAAAGCGCCCUGCGGUUGUCGAUGCUGGCGCUUAAUAUUGCGGCCGCCUGCGGUAUCCCCCAUCUCGGGACGUUCAUGGGACUGCUCGGGGCGGUGCUGAAUCCCAUCCUAGCGCUCUGGAUUCCGCUCAUCGUUGACACCGUGUACCGGUGGCCGGGUGACUUCGGUUGGCUGCGGUGGCGGUUGGUGAAAAACGCCACCCUGGGGUGCUUCGGGUUGUUCCUGCUCGUCACCGGUACCAUCUCGAGCGCGAACAACAUCAUCGAAUUGUACAAGUGAACGAUUGCACAUGCAAUACAAGCUGAUUGAU